GGGGAAGCUGAAAGCAGGGGUUCUUCAUUCCGACGCCAAGACACCUGAAGAAAAAAGCAUACACAAAGAGCUAUCAAUUAAGGCUUAAAAAGAGGUCAUGGGUGCAGCUCAGUGACCAGAGGGUCUCGAACCUGCCCCGCGAAACACUGAAGCCGAAGCUACCGAUUAUUCAUGGUACAAACUGAUUUCUCACUUCGAGACUAUCGAAGCAUCCUGACGCAAAAAUGGUUAUUCGGAAGAAGGAGAAGAAGUCCCAAGCACCACCUGACACUAGUAUUAGCAAAACAGGGGAAUACUCCGUCAGCUUUGGUCGACCCGAAUCAUAUAAGCCGAUCCAAACGGCCGCUCCUGUUGUGCGAUCCCCCAUCACCGGGUUGCCUCUGAUCAGCACUCGGGACCUGAACUAUUUCUUCAAUCUCGCGGCCUCCUUAUAUCGAGAUACCACUGGCGAGCAGAAUCAAGCUUCUUCUGGUUCCAGUGCUGGUGUAGAUGCACCCCCAAGCUAUGGCGAUGACUUCCAGGAAACUCAAAUGGACUCUACGGCCGUGCUGGUGAUCUGGCUUUUUAGACUGACUGCGACUCACGUCCUCCCCAUCACAGAACGCUUCCAUCUGGGCCCUGCGGAUAGGCAGCCGCUGUACUCCCUCACAGCGCAACCCAGCAUCAGAUCCGCUCAGGAAUUCAAUGAGCUCUCCAUCCAACGCCGCGACCCCAUCAAAGGCGUUUGUCCCCCCACCAAUCUCCCUCUUCCCCUCUUCAUUGUCUCAAAUGCAAUCUAAUAGAUUCCAGGUAUGGUACCCGGUCUGCACCUCCGAUAUCGAGCCUUCCCUAGACCUGGUAAAACCUGGGAACUGGGCUGUCUCCAGGCUAACCAUGACAGCUAUCGAAGUCCAACACAUGAUCAAGUCUGGACAAGUGGUCAAGAAGGUGGCCCUCAAUGGAAAAGGUUACUCCUUGAUAUUGAGUUGGGGGGAUCAAGAGAUAUUAGGACCGAUGGGUAAUGUGUAUCGACUUGGGUGGGAUAGCGGUGGGGAGCACGGGCUUGUGGAGUGCUUUUAUGUUGUGGAAGGUUGGAGGGGGUUUGAUGAGGGGACCAGGCAAGGAGUUGUAAAGAUCAAAUCCCCAGAGCCAUGUGGGAAUGGGAUUCCUG